AUGACGGAGAAGGAAGUUGAGAAAACUCUGCUAGCUCAGGCCAAAAUUCUGCCUUCCUUUACUAAAUUUGUAUGGGAAAAACUUGAACAAGAGAAUGAAGAAUUCUUCAGGGCUUAUUACAUGAGAUUGAUGGUGAAGCAACAAAUAAUAGAGUUCAACCAGAUGCUGCAGCAACAUGUGCAACUCAUGCAUCAAAUUUAUCCUACUGGAGUUUGCCCUAAUAAUGGACCUCACUUGUCACAUGUGCCACCGAGCUCAUCCGGCUAUGCCGAUGGGAAUAAGGGAAAAGCACCGAAAGAAGAGAACAUGCAGCAAGGCAUGAGGUCCAACUUGCCUAAUGUAUUCGGUAAUAGUAGUGGUUCAUCUUUGAACACUGAACACCAUGCCGGCAGGUUUGAUGAUCCAUCAGCCAUGGUUUCAACUCAGAGUGCAAACAUGGGUCUAAUGCAAAAUGGGAAAAUGGAUGCCCACAAUUUAGAGGGAUCGAGUCAUGAUUUUUUAUAG